UCCUGGUCAUCACUGGACUUGGUCUUUCUAUAUUUCUCAUGUCACUGGACUCGUCUAUCAUUGCCACGGCUAUUCCCCGGAUCACGUCACAAUUCAACAGCACCAGUGAUAUUGGCUGGUAUGGAAGUGCAUACUCCUUUGCGAUGUGCGCUUUGCAGCCUAUGGCAGGUAAACUAUUUGGAAGCUUUGAGAUGAAAGGCAUGUUCCUCGGAUGUCUUGCCGUCUUCGAGCUUGGCUCAUUGCUCUGCGCCCUUGCAGUCAACAGUCCUAUGCUCAUCGUUGGGCGUGCUAUAGCCGGAAUUGGGGCAGCAGGAUGCUUUACAGGAGCCUUCUGUAUUGUCGCGGUUUCCAUCCCGCUGGUCAAGCGACCCUUAUAUAUUGGAAUCCUUCAGUCAACCUUUGGCCUUGCCACUAUCAUUGGACCCGUAUUAGGUGGUGCGUUCACUGAGCAUGUGACCUGGAGGUGGUGUUUCUGGAUUAAUCUCCCCAUUGGUGCUAUCACCAUUUUCUCACUGGUCUUCUUCUUCAAACCGCCUCCGCGCGACAGGACGAAAACUCCGUCGGUCCUUCGCAGACUGGGAAAGUUGGACUUCCUGGGCGCUUUUCUAUUCGCUCCGGCCAUCAUCAUGAUAUUUUUGGCUCUUCAAUGGGGAGGGACCGAACACGCUUGGAAGAGUGCUACCAUCAUUGGUCUCUUCAUUGGAGGCGCAUUUGUCGGUCUUAUCUUUGCCCUCUGGCAAAUACGAAAGGGCGACAAUGCCAUGAUUCCACCGCGUCUGAUUACUGAGCGUACGAUGUUCUUCUCCUGUUUCAGCGAGUUUUUCGCCAUGGGUGCCGUUUACAUUUCGAUAUACUACCUUCCAGAAUGGUUCCAGGUCAUCAAAAACGCCUCGCCCACGAAAUCUGGAGUCAUGUACCUCCCUUUAGCGCUGUCAGAUGUCCUCUCUGCAACCUUGACAGGCGCCUCACUUAAGUAUCUUGGAUACCCGAACCCCUACAUGCUCUUUGGAACGGGCCUGAUGAGCAUAGCAACGGGACUGUUCUCUACCUUUUCCCAGAGCACUCCACACCAGCAGUGGAUCCCAUUCCAAGUCCUUCAAGGCAUUGGUGUGGGAAUGACCCUCUCAAUGCCCUAUGUUGCGACACAAACAGUCCUCAAUCCCGAAGAUAUUCCCGUCGGUACCUCAUUACUGCAAUGCUUCCAAUUCUUCGGGGCUUCCGUGAACCUCGCGAUCGCGGAGGCUAUCUUCGAGAACAAACUUGUCUCGCGACUGGACAAUUGGGGACUUAAAGGCCACGAGAUAGAGAACAUUCUCAGUGCAGGCUCCGCCGAAGCGAGGAGCGUGGUUUCUGCGGCGCACCUUCCAGGCGUAUUAGAUGCAUACAACUACGCGAUCACGAGUACAUUCUACGUCGCAACCAGUGUUGCCGCCGUUGCUUUCCUUCUUUCACUCGGGAUACGCUGGAGGAGUGUCAAGCCGAAAUCCCAGGCUGCUGUUUCUGAUGAGGAGGCUAGGUCGUCUAGUCAGUAG